AAUUGGGUUGUUUGUUUUUUGUGCCUUUUGUAAGAAUUCUUUAUAUGUUCUGGUUACUAGGCCCUUAUCAGAUGUAUGACUUACAAAUAUUUUAUCCCAUUCUGUAGCUUGUCUUUUUACUUUCUUGAUAGCAUCCUUUGAUGCACAAAGGAUUUAAAUUUUGAUGAAGUCCAAUUUAUCUACUUUGUCUUUGGUGUCAUAUUUAAGAAACCAUCACGCCUCCACAGUCAUUAAGCUUUUUCCUUUUGUCUUCUUCUGAGAGUUUAAUAGCUUUAGUUCUUAAACUGAUGUCUUUGAUCCAUUUUGAGCUAUUUUUUGUGUGUGGUAUGGAGUGAGGUGGAUGUCUCUGAUCCACCUUCCUUCUUUUGCAUGUGGAUAUCCGUUUGUCCAAGAACGAUUUGUUGAAGAGACUGUUCUUUCAGUGAGUGGUCUUGGCCCCCUUGUUGAAAAAUCAGUUUGCGAUGGAAGUAUGGGUUUUGUUUCUGGACUCUCAGUUCUAUUCCAUUGGUCUGUAUGUCUAUCCAUGUGCUAGUACCUCAUACUAAAUUUCAAGUAUACUUUAUACUAAGACAUUUUAAAAUAAAUACAUAGCCAGUAAAAUUGUGAGUUCUUGUGCUGCCUAAAAUCACCUCACAGACUGCUGGUGGUACGCUUGUCACACUUAGAAAACACUAUCUCUGCACAUUUUUAGGAAAUAUGUAGUUGCUAAUCAUUGUGUAGCAAACCAAGGCCCUGAUGCUCAUUGUUGCAUUUAUUGAAAAUGCUUGGCAGAAAGCCUUUAGCGGGUGGGGUAAGAAGACGUGGGGUGAGGUACAUAGGUAUCGGGCAGAAUGGUGAAAUACAGAGAUAGCUGCCUUUAUUGUAUUAAUUUUCUGAAAAUUAUUAUUUAGGGGAAUGUCCAGUCUUUCUAUCUCAUGACUAAGACAAAGGUCUUAGUUUUGAGGAGAUUAUGCCUAGGUAAGUGUUAAGCCUAUUUACUGUAGAAGGUAAAGCAUGGUCUAUGUCAGCCCUUUAUGCCUUUGUCACUCUGGGACGUCCCUGGGGUGCACGGAGCUUGGAGGGUAACAGACAUUGCAGGGAUUGCAGUAAUGCUGGCUGGCCGGUGUGGAACCCCGGUUUACCCUCUGGGGCAGGGGUAGCAGGCUUCUUCUGUAGCGCCAGAUGGUAAAUGUUUUAGACUUUGUGGGUGUUAAGGUCUCUGUUGUAACUUUGAAUUGCUGUCGCAGCCCCAAAACUGCCACAGUAAUACGUAAACCAGUGAGCGUGGCUGAGUUCCAUGAAACUCUGCUUACCAGAAAGGCUAGACCCUAGUUAGUUGACCCCAAUCUGGAAGAAAAAACAGGAAUGAAAAGGAAAGUUGCAUAUUAUAGCACUUUACUUUGGGGUAAACCUUCUAUUGAUAUAUAACAUACAGAGAAGAACAGAAAUUAUGUUCAGUUCAGUGAAUUUUCAGAGCAAGAACUUUCUCAUAUAAUCAGCACCCAGAUUAUAUGGGUUGUAUUAAUAAUUCAUAUAAUUAUUUAUAUAAUUUCUUAGGUUGAGAAAUGGGGCAUUACCAGCACCCUAGAAACCCCCAUGAUGCUCCGUGUACUUACAAUCAGUACCCUCGUGAGACUAACCCCUGUCCUGAUAUCUCACAGCCUAGAUUUUAGUUUUGCCCAUUUCACUUCAGAGUUUUACCUAAAAAAUCUCAGCUGUGCUAAAACCUGAAUGCUGACAAAUGUGGGAGGAGCAGUAGAAAAUGGGAGAAAAGAAAGUAGAAAGGAAUUUAAAAAAAAGUAGAAAUGAGGGGAAAGAAUGGUGGCGAUUAGGCAAGGUGGUACCGAUUUGAAGUAGGGGGGUGACUCUCAGACUUCCCAGACGCCUGCUUGGUGACUUCAGAGAGCACUGUGGUGUCAGAGGGUGACAGAGUGAGAGCAGGUGGUUGAUGGUUAAAGAGCUGGGUUCUUGGAGGAAUGUAGGGAAUGAUGGAAAGAGGGAAGUGAGGCUAGUGCCUGUUGAGGGCAGAGGAUGGGGAGAGCAACUCUAUUUUGGAAAGAUUUUUAUUCAAAACAAAAUAAAAACAGGUUAAAAGUUUGGGGUUUAGUUACUUUAGAAAUUGAAAAUGCCUCAUCAGGAUUUAUGGAUAGCUGAGAUCUUAAAUGCACAGUGCUUAAGAGUUUCAGUCGGGAGAUGCGAAUUUGAGUUAAAUCCCUGAAUGCUGUAAAUGCAGUAGGUUUUGCUGGAACUUGGUGUCACAUCGUAGGUAUUUUGCGUGGAAGAGAUCCACCUAGGUUCUUCCAGUUGGGGUUGUGGAUGACCUUCGCCAUGCAGAUAAGCUGGCUGGUCUGAUGUGCUGGGCCCGUUCUGGGAAGAGCAGUUUGAAAGGCAGCUCAUCUUGUCCCCGCCGUUACAUGCCAGGUCUGCCUGUGGGUAGUUACCAUGGGAGAGCGUGGUCUGGAGUGAUGGGUAGGGUAUUGAGUAGCAAGGACGAGCAUUAAAGAGGUGGCCGUGCUCCGAGACGGUUGAUGGGCUUUUGUCCCCAUGGCACCAGGAAGCGUCGUCUUGUUUAAUCUGCACAACUCCGUGAUAGGCUGUAUCAUUUUGGGGUGGUAGAGACACAACUAUUAUUAUAUACUGUUUAGAAUCUCUGUGUAAAGAGUUAAACUGAUUUUGAAACUGUUCUUCAAGUUUUUCUCAGGGAAGCAAAGGUGCUCAAUUUCUGAUCUUCGUACACCGGUUUUUGUUUAAUUUUGAUAGUGAAGUGGAGUUCUUGGUGGUGGGAAGGUGAGCAGUUGAGGAGAGCGGUGGGCCUGUGUGUGAGGCGAUGUGUGUGUGAGGGGACGUGCGUAUGGGGACAGUCUGGGUCCUGCCUGGGGUCCUGCCUCCGGAGGCUUCCUUGCACCAGUGAGAUCUCAUGACGACUCCUCCCCGGUCCUCUCAGAGGGCAGAAGCACAUAGUAGAUCCACUUUGUUUCUGAAUGAAGUUACAGUCUUUUGAAUUACAUCAGUGUUUCUCAAAACUGGAAUCGCUUUACUGGAGGAUCUGCCGGGAGGAUUUUUUGGAGUUCUUGUCGGCUUUCUGCAUCCGCUUCUGCUCUGUCUCCAGCAUGGUUUCACCCCACCUCCCAUCGUUGGAAUUUCACAGCUCUUGUUUUAAGCAGAUUCUGCUGUAGACCAGGAGGACUGUUGGCCAAACAGGGGACUGCAGGCCAUUUGCUCAGAACAGAUGGAGUUUUAACAUUGAAUGCGGAGAACACUAAUUAUGCCUGUCAAGUUCCGAGCUUCCAUAAAUGUGAAAUCUGUCUGCUAUCUUUUCCAAAAGAGUCCCAGUUUCAACGCCACAUGAGGGAUCACGAGCGAAAUGACAAGCCACAUCGAUGUGACCAGUGCCCCCAAACCUUUAAUGUUGAGUUCAACUUGACACUUCACAAAUGUACCCACAAUGGGGAGGAUCCUACCUGUCCCGUGUGUAACAAGAAAUUCUCCAGAGUGGCUAGUCUCAAAGCACAUGUUAUGCUGCAUGAAAAGGAAGAGAACCUCAUCUGCUCUGAGUGUGGGGAUGAGUUCACCCUGCAGAGCCAGCUGGCCAUCCACAUGGAGGAGCACCGCCAGGAGCUGGCUGCGAGCCGGACUCACGCCUGCAAGGCCUGCAGGAAGGAGUUCGAGACGUCAUCACAGCUGAGGGAGCACAUGAAGACGCAUUAUAAAAUUAGGGUGUCAAGUACAAGGUCUUAUAAUCGGAACAUUGACAGGAGUGGAUUCACGUAUUCAUGCCCACACUGUGGAAAGACGUUCCAAAAGCCAAGUCAGUUAACUCGGCAUAUUAGGAUACACACAGGUGAAAGACCAUUUAAAUGUAGCGAAUGUGGAAAAGCUUUUAACCAGAAGGGGGCGCUGCAAACUCACAUGAUUAAGCAUACAGGUGAAAAACCCCACGCCUGUGCCUUUUGUCCUGCCGCUUUUUCUCAGAAAGGGAAUCUCCAGUCACACGUGCAGAGAGUUCACUCAGAGGUCAAGAACGGCCCUACCUAUAAUUGUACAGAAUGUAGUUGUGUAUUUAAAAGUUUAGGUAGCCUGAACACUCAUAUCAGCAAGAUGCAUAUGGGUGGGCCACAGAAUUCAACAAGUGCUGCAGAGACUGCUCACGUUUUAACGGCCACGCUGUUUCAGACCUUACCUCUUCAGCAGGCGGAAGCCCAGGUCACGUCUGCUCCGAGUCAGCAGAGUUCCCAGGCGGUGGCCGAUGUCAUCCAGCAGCUGCUGGAGCUGUCGGAGCCGGGGCCUGCGGGGUGCAGCCAGCCGCCUCAGGCCGGCCAGCAGCUGAGCAUCACGGUGGGGGUCAGCCAGGACAUCCUACAGCAAGCCUUAGAAAACAGUGGGCUGUCUUCAAUUCCAGUUGCAGCGCAUCCCAGCGACCCCAGCCACGCCAAGGCCGCGGCCGCUCAGGGCCAGACUCCAGACGCUCCCAGCGUUUCAAGGGAGCCAGCUGACCCUACGGCCGCAGAGCGGGAAGAAGAACAGGAGAGCCCAGAGAAGUUGGAUAAAAAAGAAAAAAAGAUUAUAAAGAAGAAAUCUCCGUUUCUACCUGGGUCGAUCCGCGAGGAGAACGGUGUGCGAUGGCACGUGUGUCCCUACUGCACCAAGGAGUUCCGCAAGCCCAGCGACCUGGUGCGCCACAUCCGCAUCCACACCCAUGAGAAGCCCUUCAAGUGCCCGCAGUGCUUCCGGGCUUUCGCCGUGAAGAGCACGCUGACAGCCCACGUCAAAACGCACUCGGGCGUCAAGGCGUUCAAGUGCCAGUGCUGCAUGAAGAGCUUCUCCACCUCGGGGAGCCUCAAGGUGCACGUUCGCCUGCACACAGGAGUCAGACCUUUUGCUUGUCCUCACUGUGACAAGAAAUUUCGAACCUCAGGCCACAGGAAGACUCACAUUGCUUCUCACUUUAAACACACGGAGUUAAGAAAGAUGAGGCACCAGCGUAAACCUGCAAAAGUUCGUGUUGGCAAGGCGAACGUUCCGGUCCCCGAUAUUCCUUUGCAGGAGCCGAUCCUCAUAACAGACGUAGGUCUUAUCCAGCCCAUUCCAAGAAACCAGCUUUUUCAAAGUUAUUUUAAUAAUAAUUUUGUAAAUGAAGCAGAUAGACCGUACAAGUGUUUUUACUGUCAUCGUGCCUAUAAAAAAUCUUGCCAUCUUAAACAACACAUCAGAUCACAUACAGGUGAAAAGCCUUUUAAAUGUUCUCAGUGUGGAAGAGGCUUUGUUUCUGCAGGAGUGCUCAAAGCACACGUCCGAACGCACACUGGACUUAAAUCUUUCAAGUGUCUGAUAUGUAAUGGAGCUUUCACUACUGGUGGUAGCUUACGGCGACAUAUGGGCAUCCAUAACGACCUUCGUCCCUAUAUGUGUCCCUAUUGCCAGAAAACAUUUAAGACCUCACUAAAUUGCAAAAAGCACAUGAAAACCCAUAGAUUUGAGCUUGCCCAGCAGCUCCGGCAGCACCAGCAGGCCUGCCCGAUAGAUGACGGCGCCGUGGACCAGCAGGGCAUGCACGUGCCCACCCAGGUGCAGGUGGAGAUUGAGAACGCCGCACUGCAGCCGACCGCUGAGGCCGUGGCCGACAACCCUGGGGCCGUGCUGGACCUGGGGCCGCCCGCCGGCGUGGAGGCGGGGCUCGGCCAGCAGAUGGCGGGGCAGCCUUUGGAAGCAGAUGAAGACAGGCUUGUGGUCCCGCAGCACACUCUGGAAGGGCACGUGGGCCAGUACGAGGAGCAGGCUCCCCCGCCGCAGCCCUUCGAGCCAGCGGGUCUGUCACAGGGUUUUACAGUGACUGAUACGUACAAUCAACAGACUCAGUUUCCACCGGUCCAACAGUUACAAGAUUCCAGCACACUGGAGUCUCAAGCCCUGUCCACGAGCUUCCAUCAGCAGAACUUACUUCCGGUUCCUAGCUCUGAUACGAUUAAUGUAACAAGUCGUUUGGUUCAGGAGUCACCCCAGCAGGAGCUGGGGCUGCAGGCGCCACGUCCCCCGUUCCUGGACGACAGCGAGGAGCAGAGCCGGCGCUCCUACAGGUACGCGCGCUCCUCCGGGUACGCGCGCUCCUCCGGAUGUGACUAUUGCAACAAAGGCUUUAAGAAAUCCAGCCACUUGAAGCAGCACGUGCGGUCACACACCGGGGAGAAGCCCUACAAGUGCAAGCUCUGUGGACGUGGCUUCGUUUCCUCUGGGGUCCUCAAGUCCCACGAGAAGACACACACAGGAGAAAAGGCGUUCAGCUGCAGCGUCUGCAACGCUUCCUUCACAACCAACGGCAGCCUCACCAGGCACACGGCCACGCACAUGAGCAUGAAGCCCUACAAGUGUCCGUUUUGUGAGCAGGGCUUCCGAACCACAGUCCAUUGUAAAAAGCACAUGAAGAGGCACCAGACAGUCCCCUCGGCUGGGUCAGCACCGGGAGAGGCAGAAGGAGGAGAGAUGGGUCUGGAGGAAGAGGAAGACAGUUCUGAAAGAAACGUGUGUAGAAAGGCUCGUCCCGAGGUCAUCACCUUCACAGAGGAGGAGACGGCGCAGCUGGCCAAGAUUGGGCCGCAGGAGAGCGCCACCGUCUCAGAGCAGGUGCUGGUGCAGUCGGCCGCCGAGAAGGACCGCGUCAGCGAGAUGAAGGACAGGCAGGCGGAGCUGGAGGCCGAGCCCAAGCACGCCAACUGCUGCUCCUACUGCCCCAAGAGCUUCAAGAAGCCCAGCGACCUGGUCAGGCAUGUUCGAAUCCACACUGGAGAAAAGCCAUAUAAAUGCGAUGAAUGUGGGAAGAGUUUCACUGUUAAAUCUACCCUGGACUGCCACGUGAAGACUCACACAGGUCAGAAGCUCUUCAGCUGCCACGUCUGCAGCAACGCCUUCUCCACUAAGGGGAGCCUGAAGGUCCACAUGCGUCUGCACACAGGAGCAAAGCCGUUCAAGUGUCCCCACUGUGAGCUGCGUUUCCGCACGUCCGGGCGGAGGAAGACUCACAUGCAGUUUCACUACAAACCGGACCCUAAGAAAGCCAGGAAGCCUGGGCCCCGGGGGCCGCCGGAAGGGCCGCAGCCCGUGAGCGCGCCCCCUCCGCCCUCCUCCGACCCCAGCGUGUUCAUCAUGAACAGCCCCGUGCUGGCGGGGCAGCUGGACCAGAGUCUGCUGCAGCAGGGCCUGCUGGGCCAGGCCGUCCUUCCCGCCUCCGUGUCCGCUGGCGGCGACUGGACAGUGUCUCUGACAGACGGAAGCCUGGCCACCCUCGAGGGCAUACAGUUACAGUUGGCGGCUAACCUGGUUGCACCCAGUGUUCAAAUCUCUGGGAUCGACGCUUCCAGCAUUAAUAAUAUCACGCUACAGAUUGACCCAAGCGUCCUGCAGCAGACGCUACAGCAGGGUAACCUGCUUGCUCCACAGCCAACCGUGGAGCCCGGCCUGACCCCGCAGCACAGCUCCCUUCAGACACCAGACAGUACAGUCCCGGCCAGCGUGGUCCUCCAGCCCAUCUCAGGCCUGUCCUUGCAGCCCACGGUGACGUCUGCCAACCUGACCAUAGGCCCGCUCUCGGAGCAGGAUUCCGUGCUGACCACCAGCAGCAGUGGCACGCAAGACCUCUCUCAGGUGAUGACAUCACAAGGCCUGGUGUCCACCUCCAGUGGCCCCCAUGAGAUCACCCUGACCAUUAACAACUCGAGCCUGAGCCAGGUGCUGGCGCAGGCUGCCGGGCCCACCGCUGCGUCGUCCUCGGGGUCGCCGCAGGAAAUCACCCUGACCAUCUCCGGUCAAGAUCUUAUUCAGCACAGUUCUAAUGGAAGUAGUGAACUGAACGGAAGCAUAAGAUUGUCAGCACCUGCAAUCAAUAAUCAAUCUACGGGUGCCACCUUGACCAUAAGCAAUGAUCAGCUUCUCUCACAGAGUGCAACAUUAAACGCUUCAGAACUUAAUGCCACAGCUGGAAGCCUGCCUUUGACAACACCCAUGUCCCCAUCUGCCACAUCUGCCCAGAACCUGGUCAUGUCCUCAUCGGGAGUGGGGGCAGAGGCCAGCGUCACGCUGACCCUGGCUGACACUCAGGGUUUGCUCUCCGGGGGGCUGGACACGGUCACGCUCAACAUCGCUUCUCAGGGUCAGCAGUUCCCAGCCUUGCUCACGGACCCCACUCUCUCGGGCCCUGGGGGUGCGGGCUCGCCCCAGGUCAUCCUGGUGAGCCCCACUCCACAGCCGUCGGCAGCCUGUGAAGAAAUCGCCUAUCAGGUGACGGACGUGUCUCCUAACCUGGCCCAGGGUGGGCAGCCCGAGAAGGAGGGCCGGCUGCACCAGUGCCUGGAGUGUGGCCGCACCUUCGCCUCGGCCGCCCUGCUGCUGCACCACAGCAAGGAGAUGCACGGCCGGGAGCGCAUCCACGUCUGCCCCGUGUGCAGGAAGGCCUUCAAGCGCGCCACGCACCUCAAGGAGCACAUGCAGACGCAUCAAGCCGGUCCUUCCUUGAGCUCUCAGAAGCCGAGGGUGUUCCAGUGUGACACUUGUGAGAAGGCCUUUGCCAAACCAAGCCAGCUGGAGCGACACAGCCGCAUCCACACAGGGGAGCGGCCAUUCCACUGCACCCUCUGCGAGAAGGCCUUCAACCAGAAGAGUGCGCUGCAGGUGCACAUGAAGAAGCACACGGGGGAGCGGCCCUACCGGUGCAACUACUGCGUCAUGGGCUUCACGCAGAAGAGCAACAUGAAGCUGCACAUGAAGCGGGCCCACAGCUACGCGGGAACCUUGCAGGAACCCGCCGUCCCCCAGGAGCACGGAGGGGAGGUGCUGAGCCGUGCGCUCCACCUGGAGGAGGUGGAGCCGGAACCCGCGAGCGAAUGGCAGACCCUGGCCAACGUGUUCUGACACAGCCCGGCCCCGAGAACGUUUCCAGAGUGAAGUGUGGAGAAGAACAAAGCACUUGGGAUUUCUGUUUUGAAGCCUCAAGUGUUAAAAAUGUUACCACAAUAGCUAUAAAAUUAUCUAAAGAAUCAUUGGCUUUCAGAGACUUCAGGAAGAAAGCUGGGAAAGGUGGAAGCACGUUGCUGUUGUUCUGCAAAUCACUGAACUCAGGUACUACGUCAGCAGUCUCGCCUACUCCGUGGCCAGUGCGUCUAGUUAAAAAGAAAUUAACUGGAUCGGACUCUCAUUGUAGUGUGAUUUCUUUGUAUUAGCAAAGACAGAAGUUAACGUGGAAAAACCCAGAUAGGUUUUCCUUCAUGCUUUCUGUUAUAAGAAGCAUAGCUCAUGAAACAAACAUAAGAUAGGUGCAUGAAGUUCGGAAAAAACGUUACAACACGCAGGGAGGUUUUUUCCAUCUUUUUCUCUGUGAAUUUUGAAAUUAGUAGAAAUUGACUCUAAUUUUUAGUCUACCAUAAGUUAAUAUAACUAAUACCUUGAGAGAUGGCCGGACCAGUUCUCUCUCCAUUACAAAUAUCUAAUCGUUAGUGACAAGAAUGCAGUGUCUGGGGCGUACACCCGGGGAGUAGAGCAAGCCUGACACACACGUGAGGAUCCAGCUGUCCACGCGGGAUGAUGCCACUCGCGCUGCCCGAGUCGAUACUCGGGUACAUGGGUCGGGCUACCGCAGAAAGCACAAGCCAUGCACUGCAGGUCCGAAAUCACAGAAUGGUCUCCUGGGAACAAAGGGACUGCAGCCCUGUCCGCCUCAGUGAUUAAGAAGUGUAUUUGUACUUUGAGGGUAAGAACCUGUAUGAGCCCCGUGGUUUUCUCUUCGUGCAUAAGCAGGUGUAUUUUUUAUUUCAGGGAAUUCUUUAGUAUCAUCAAUGGUGCCACGUUGAACAUGUCCCAAACCAAAUCCUACCCCGCGCUGCCCGCGCUGGGGCAGAGUGUGUGUCGUUCCCACAGCAUUCCAAAGAUGGAAACUUCUUUACUUCAUGUGAAUCUCUCCUUUGAAAUUAUUUAUAUGUUCUAUAUAUAAAUACAUAUGUACAUAUACAGAUAUAUGGGCCUCUGUGUGGCCGAACAGUAUAUUUUGUAAAUAAGCACUAGUCCCAGUUACAGAGAGAGCGACAGAGUUUUUACCUCCCAGCGAGCACUUCAGAUCAGUAUUGUAUUCAUUUUAUUAAUAAAUGGAUAUCCUUGUCAUUGUGACAUAAAGCUGGGGUUGGUUUUUUGUUUUUGUUUUUCCUGAAAAAUAAUCGCCUUUAUUUUCUCUCUCAUUGCCUCGCUGGUUUCAGAAGAGAGCAGUUUUAUGAUAUAAAUAUUGUAUGGACUUUGUAUAUUAAGAGAGGAGCUCAUUUCAGAUUCCUGAAGAAAGAGACAUUUUACUGUUAUUUUUUGAAGGGGCGUCUUUUGAUUUUUUGUUGUUCACGCUUCUGGCAUAUGUAUAUAAGUAACAUCGAUAGUGAUAUAAAACCUUUUGUUAUGUGAAAAUAUUUAAGUCAGAAAACUGUUAAAUAAUAUUACUUUUUUUUUUCAAACUGCUUUAUGUAUUGUAUAUUUUUUUAAGGGAGAAAAAAAAAAAAGCCUUAUUUGACUUAUUCUUGUGAUGCUGGACUUGUAUACCCUGAGGUUUUUCUUGGAUGUCAGUGUGUAUACCUGGCUGCAGUCUGUUAUUCAGAAUAAUUGUCAUUGCGCCAGAGUUAAAGGUUCUGCUUUUAUUGCACUUUUCUUUUAUAAUUUUGUAUUAAACUAUUUUAGAAAUGUU